UACUGGUGACGUAUGGCAUCUGCAAUCCGGGAACCUUCCUUUAUCAUAUGCUAGCUCAUCGUGUGAAUCUAUCCAGUGGGACUUUUUACAUUAGAAGAUGGAAAACCUGUGUUCUCCAGUUUUUAAACUGUACUUGGAACUGUGAUAGAAAACUUAGUAUUGAAGACAGAACUGUAUAUAAAGCAGAAAUAGGUUGUUCUCAUUGCACAUUCAGAGAUAUAUAUGAAGCUCAGUAUAAAUGGUCUGUGUAUAAAUAUGACCUUUCAAAUUCUUCGCAUCAAGAGAUCCCAGACACCUACUGGGGAGCAAUAAUAACAUCAUACCAAAACAGCAGCAGAUUUGAUACAGAUGGGGGAUGGUGGGAAGAGGCUACAACAUACCUUAUAGUGUUAAAUGUCAAGGUUGGCAGUUAUGUUGAAACCAAAGCCAUGCAUGUUGUGUACACUAACAUCAAACCUUAUAAUGGUGCAUGCUCUGUGACACCGACUAAUGGUACAGCUCUAGAGACUAUUUUCUCAUUCAAAUGUACUGAUUGGAAAGAUGAAGAAAUACGAGCUACUAGAAGCCAAUUGGAUACAAAUUUUGGUCUACAAUAUGCAAUUUAUCAGACUACUUCUGUUGGGUUUCACUUAAUUUAUUUUGGAAGUGAGAUACAAGCUUCUACUCUAUUAUCUGAAUGUCCAAAUUCUAAACCAUCUUGUGAGGUAGUUGUUUAUAUUAUUGACAUCUUCAAGACUAGAGUUAAUUUUACUCUAAAUGUUCAGAUCAAACCAAAAUAUAACCAGCCAACUAUUUUAAGUUCCUCUGCCAGUGAUAGUGUGGAUGAUAUUACGUUUGAUAUGAUGAAGAAAAUGAACUCCAGUAUAAGUGUCAGAGAUUCUCUCAAAAUUGCUAAAAGAGCAGCAACUCUGACAUCUUCACUCUCUUCUUUGACUAAAUCUGGGAGUGAGGAACUAGUGACAAGUCCCCCCACAACAGCAAAUCCUUCAAGUAAAGCCGAGGAUACCUCUUUUUCUCAGACUGCUACAAAUUUAGUAGAAAUAGUUGGAAACGUAAUUCAAAGUUAUCAUGCCAGAUCUCCUGAAGAAAUUCAAAUGAUGGCCAAUUCCAUGUCAGUUCUGACUAACGAUACGGAAUUGAUGACAUCUAAUUCUAUGGAAACUGCAGCUAAUGCUGUACAAAAUUUAACCAGUAAAGUUCAAAACAUAAAUUCUAAAUUGCCUGAUUUAUAUCAUUGCAUUGAUGAAAUAACAGAUGUGAUUCACAAUAUCGUAGAGUACCAGUCGAUAGACGUAGAUAAGUUUUCUGAUAUUUGGAUAAAGGCAUCGGAGCAGGGACUCACUGACUUAGAGACUCAAAAUUUCAUUGAAUCAGAAACAAAAAAGUUGGAAUUACAAAUCUAUCAAAAAUCCAAACAGAUUGAGGGCAUUGUUAGUAAUGUAACAUCAUCAUGGAAUCAACUUCUGACAGUGCUGCCCAAAAUGGAAGACCCUACUGGAAAGUUUAAUAAAACUAAACAAAGUUUUAUGAUGACAACACAGAAGACCACCAUUGCUGAUGUCACAAACUCAACAGACUACAUUCCACCACUAGGAUUCACAUUUGAUGAUGUAGACAUUAAUAAAGAGAAUUUAUCUCCCAUGGUUGUUAAGGCAGUGAAGACCAAGAAUAUAUUUAUACAAGGACAAAACUCUAAAUUUAUCAAUGCUGACAUCAUAAUUGGCUCUGUUGACGACAGUGAUGGUAACAGACUGAAUUUAUCAAGUCCUAGAAUCAUCCAUGAAACAAAAGAAAGUAACUGUAGCAUGACAGAAACUUUACAAACAAUAGCUCCUCAAUUUAUUGAAGAUGAUGCCUCUCAGAUGUUUUAUCACCAGUUUGAAUACAGACAAACUCAUUUAUUCUUUUGCUUGAAAUUGCGUCCUUCUAAUCCAUUGAUUACAUAUACCUUGUUUUUACGAAUGGAUAUUGAGCCAACAGAUUUAGUCUAUGACAUCAAAAAGCAGUUGACCAGUAAUAUGUUUCAACCUUGUGAAGAAAUUUGUUUUCCACCAAAUACAUUUUCAACAUCUGGGACUGUUUAUGUUGGACUAAAACCUUAUAUAAAUGUUACUGAAUUUAUGUCUAGUGCAAACAUACACAAAAGAUCAGAUUCUUAUAAUCUAAAUGAUGCAUAUUUAUUUGGUGUGACAACUUCUGCAUGUUUCUCAUGGAAUGAUACAGUCAAAGACUGGCAGACUGAUAAGUGUAAGCUGACUAAAGAAAAAGGCAAUGUGGUGUGUACCUGUGGAGAUGGAAAAGAAAUAAUUAGUGCAGUCUCUUUUAAUUUUGAACCCAAUACAAUUCACUUUGGUACUGUCUUCAGCAAGUUUGACAUUAAAGCUCAAGGCAUAGUCUUUGGUGUGCUGAUCACUUUGUAUGUAAUGUUUACCCUGAUAGGAUUUUGGGCUCACUAUAUGGAUAAAAGAGGAAUGCUUCAGUGGGGUGUGUUCCCUUUAGUAGACAACUGUUCCAAUAAUACCUACUUUUACCUGAUCACUGUCCACACUGGACUCAGAAGGUCUGCUGGGACAAAGUCCAAUGUUUACUUCUGUCUGUCUGGACAAGAUCAUGACACUGGGAUUAGAAAGUUAUCAGAUGGUAUAAAAGAAGGUUUUUCAACUGGCAGUGUGUGCCAUUUUGUCAUGGCUUGUGAAGAAUGUUUAGGGGAUCUACAAUGCAUAAAAAUCUGGCAUGACAACUCUGGUAAAGGUAAUGAUGCUACAUGGUAUUUGGAUCAAAUCGACAUUGUGGAUCUACAAAAUACUAAAGGCUAUUAUUUUGUUUGUGGAGAAUGGCUGUCACCAGAAUUUUCAUUAGAAACAACAAUAGCUGCUACUUGUGUGGAUGAACUAGAAACAUUGAAGAAUCUAUUUUUUACUAAUACAAAACAGCAUCUCACAGAUGAUCACAUAUGGCUAUCUGUUUUCAUUAGACCUCAGACAAGCAGGUUUAGUCGAGUUGAAAGAGCAAUGUGCUGUUUUGUAUUUCUUAUGCUAGCCAUGAUAACCAGUGCUAUGUUUUAUACUGGAGUUCCAGAUGCUAGCAGAAAACAGCCAAAAGUAGAUUUUGAAAUAGGACCAUUAAGAAUUGGAUACCAGCAGAUGUACAAUUCUUUUCUCUCUGCUUUGAUUACGGCCAUUCCAAUGGUAAUAAUUAUGACCAUAUUUAGAAAAUCUAGAACUAAAGGAGAUCCAUAUGUUGGGUGUUGUAGGAGUACUAACAAAUUUACAGACAGCAAGCACAAUGAAGAUAAAAAUAUUAAAGGAAAUGAAACAAUUGUUAAUGAAAAGAAAAAACAGUGCAAAUGUUCCUUGCCUUGGAUGGUGAAAUUAGAAAAACAGUUGGAGGGAAUGGAGAAAAUUUUAUUGAUAAAAUCAAAUUCUCAAGAUCUGAAAGGUACAUGGCCCCAACAAUGUCGCUACUUUGCCUGGGUUCUAGUAGCUAUGGCUGUGGUAGUUUGUAGUUUCUUUGUGAUACUGUACAGCAUGGAGUGGGGACAAGAUGUAACCAAAGAAUGGCUGACUACUUUCAUUUUAGCUUUUUUACAGUCUCUCUUUGUAGUGGAUCCUUUUAAGGUGAUAGUUAUUUCAGUCAUUUUUGCUUUGUUGGUGAAAAAAGUCAAACAGAGGAAUUUACAUGAGUUAGAUUUAUCCCUCAUUUCUGAAGUCAACAAGGAGUACGGAUUGAAAGAAAGUCAAGACUUUUCCACUGUUGUCAUGGCCAAAUCAGCACCACUGUCACCGUCAGCUCUGAGGAUGGCAACACUGAGUCGCAAGAUUUAUGUGAUGAUAAAAAACACCUUGACAGAGUUCCUUAUUCAUACAAUUUAUCUGUUGAUAGUCAGCAGUCUUUGUUAUUCUAAUCACAGCACUGAUGCUUAUCAGAUGUAUAAAAUUAUCAAUGACCAGCUCAUUACAGAUACUACAGCUGGAUUUUUGAAGCUCAAAACAGGUGGAGAAUAUUUCAAUUGGACUUUACAAAAAAUAACACCAUGGCUUCUACCAGAUUUAAAUGGAAAAGUUGAUGAAAAAAAUAAAGACAAAAAUUUUUAUACAGAAGUGAAUGAUUUAUAUCUUAUGGGAGCAGCAAGAAUGAGACAACUACGUAUUCAAAAAGAGAACUGUUCCCUGCUAGAUACACAGCUCAAAAACUGUGCUCCAAGUUACAGUUCUGGUGUUGAAGAAACUGAAGAUUUCUGUCUAGGAUGGAAGCCUAAACCUUGUUCCUUGUUGGACAAUUUGAAAAGUGUGUCCAGUAGUGCUUGGACUUAUCAGUCGCCUCAAAAAAUUUGGGGGCUUCCUAUAGUUGGAACAUAUAGUGCUUAUAGUGGAGGAGGAUAUAUAUCAACUGUGAAUAUUAAUGCCAAGCAGGCGAAAACUCUUAUAACAGAACUGAAAGAGAAUUCCUGGAUCGACCAACAAACUAGAGCUGUGUUCUUGGAGUUUACAGUUUACUGUCCUAACAUCAACCACUUUGCUGUUGUUAUACUUCUAGCAGAGUUCACAGAAAUAGGAGGAAUUGUUCCAUUUGUUAAUGUGUAUCCAUUCACUGUCCACAACCCUUCUGGUCAUCUUGGAACCUAUGUCCAACUGUGUCAAAUCACUGGGAUAGUCUUAACUCUACUGGGUAUCAUGUAUGUUGUCUUCAUAGUUGGCAAGAAAAAAUUGUCUGCAUUUAAAGAUGUUUGGUUUCUACUGGAUAUGUCUGCUGUCAUCUUAGCAUUGUGUGCUGUCAUUAUGUUCAUGUUGCGACUCAGUUAUACAAAAUCUGCUCUGAAAAAAAUAAAGGAAAAUCAAAAGAAUUAUAUUAAUUUUUAUCAAAUUGUUGUCUGGGACUCUACUUACACCUUGUGCCUGGCUUUUCUGAUUGCGAUUGGUAACAUAAGGCUGCUGAAACUAGCUAGCUACUCAGAAAAGACGAUGAAAGUUUUUAGUGUUUUAUCUAAAGCAGUGAAAGUAUUUCCAAGUUUUUUUCUCUUCAAUUUCAUCAUAUUACUAGGCUUUAUAGGCAUGGGAUGUACUUUAUUUGCAAGAACAAGUUAUUAUUUUAAAGACUUUGUGACCUCAGCUGAGUCUCUUUUUACUGGUUUACUCGGACGAUCAAGCUUUAGGGACACUAAUGUGCCUUUGUCUGACCAGUGGAUGACAAUUAUGUACUUCUGUUUCUUUGUGGUGAUUGUUGUUAUUUUUUUGACAAACUACUUCAUCGCUAUUCUCAUGGAUUUACUUGUCAAUAAUGAAAAGAACCGCACCAAUGAGGAAUCAACCAAAGUUUUCAUUGUUUUGUGGGACUCAUUUUUGAACAUCUUUGGGAGUAAAAGAGAUCCUACAGACAGGAUAAAAGAUCUCAUUCAGGAUGAUACUAAAGCCAUUGAAGAGGAAACUUUGGACACACAAGAGAACAAUCUGCUUAAGCUUGAGAUGAAAUUACAAAGAUUAUUUGAUGAUCUCAAUACAAGUCUGAAGCCAGUGACUUUUAAGAAAGAAACUUCCAUUCCAUGCACUGCAAGACUUCAAUGAAACAUUGCUCAGAACAACUCCAAAGUAAAGUGUAAUCAAUAUCUUGCAACAAAGUUCUUCUAAUGUUUGACUCACAUAGGCAACUAUGACCUAAUUUAUUUCCUAUAUUUAUAAAGAAGAAAUUAAUGGAAAGCCUGUUAGCUUUCAUAAAGUUAAGUCAAGUCAUUUGUCAAAUUGUAUUUGUAAUUACUAUACCUUAGUAAAAGAGUGUUCAUGUCCUCUGCAUGCUCCUAUAUUGUUUAUAUUUUUCAUAGAAUAAUAAAUGAAUGGAAAUUAUCUCUUCCUCUGUUAAAUUAAUAAAACAUCCUUCUAUUCUAAUGUAUCCCUAUUUAGUUUGAGUCAAGUAUGCCUUACCUGCUUGUUAGCCCCAGGUUUUAAUAAUUGAAAACUACAUAAUAUUUAGUUAUAAGGCAAAAAAAAAAAAAAUAUUUCAAUAUAACACCAAUUCAAGGAAAUUAUAUUUAAUAUAUUUAAUUAUGGAACCAUAAUCUUUGGUAUAAGCGAUAUCCUUUGAAAGCUCUAUAAAGUAAAACAAGUAAAGUUCCUCCUUCAGACCUAGUGAUCUAUAGGACAGAUGAUGUUUCUGUCAUCUGUUUCUAUAGCCCAUGGUUAAUGAGGGUGUCAUGUGGCCAACACAACAGCCUUUACUUUUCCUCAACUAAUGUUAGGUACCCAUUAGAGCUUGGCUUACCUAGAGGCGCCCUAAUCAUCCCAUAAUUUAAAAUCCCAGGAUUUGAACCCAGGACACUGGUUUGAAGCUAGGCACUUUACCACUCAUCCACCGUGCCUCAUCUCAAAGCUCUGUAACUUAGGUUUUGAUCAAAAUCCAUUAAAAAAUGUGUAGGAAUUUUAUCUUUUUUACAUAGUUAGAUCAAGAUAUGAAAUUGUAUGCAAAAAAAAAAAGGGGUUACUGCCUUCUGUGUCCAGUUUCAGUUGUGAAGAUGAAAAAUAAACUUUUUUUCACUAAAGUGACUAGUGUU